AGUAAGGCUGAGCUUCCAUUUCAUCGGCCUCACGACGUCCAAGCCAUCUAUCUCUACUGGCUCCUCGCCUUGCAUUGUAUCGCAUCACACCCCUUCAUUCGUGUUAUCGUCGCUCGUAGAAAGAACCACCUAGGACAAAAUACAACAUAAUAUAAAGGUAAGAGCAACUGGUAAGUAGCAUGCGCCUACCUACUUUCCUUCCUUUCCUAGUACAAAACACGACAAGAUAAGACAAGUCAUGGACUAUCGUCGCGUUUCGAUAAGGUCCCUCGAGGAAUGCCACACUACACGGGCCGAAAUUGCUACUCUAUACUGCUUUUCCCUUUAGUUUUGCUACUGUAUAAUUGCUACAGCUUAUCUAGGUACUAACAUGUCGAAGAAGGAGCUCACCAGCCUUAACCGAGGAGCCGACGACGACGGACUGGAGAAACUCUUACAAGGCGCACAAGGACUACAACGUGGUGAUCGGAGAAGCAGAGCCUCUGCGUCAGGUUCGGGGACGCAGCGAUCGCCUGUGUCGAGCGCGAGCGCGAGUGCGAGUCCACAAACACCAGCGAGGGAAAUCCAGCGAUUAUCUUCUGUCAAUCAAUCGCCGAGCACACCCAGUCGUCCAGCAGGAAGAAGCUCACGAGCAUCAACCUCUACUGCGAAUCGUUAUCAGCAGACACUAAGCCGCUCAGCGAAUUCACACUCUCAAGGGCAAGUCUCUAGCCCAAACCAUUCCCGGCCAUUACCCAGUCAGCCAGCGAGCUCUAGCUCCCACCUACCGGUUCAUACGCCGCUCGGUACCUUCCCACACACAUCGAACGAUUCAGCGGCAUAUCUUUCAAACAGCUCAACUUCAUCAAACACACCCAAUCUAACAACCCGGAGCCGGGACAAAACUAUGUCAGCACGGCGAGGUGCGGCUCGGAAUGGGACACGAGGAGGGUCAGACGAUAAUGUUAUCAAUCGGCAAGAUAUAGCUGAGGAAAUUCGAAGGCAUGUGAACAUUGUUGCGGAGGCCGAAAGGAAAGCCAAGUCCCUCAAAGAUAAGAUUAUCGUUCAAGAGCAACAUAUGAGAAAGAAGAAAGAAGAUGGAAUAGGCAUUUCAAUCUCGGAUCACCAUGAACUAGAAGCUCUGUAUCGUGAGUCGGUCAAGAUAGCCGAGGAGCAGAAGGUCAGAGGAUCAGAUGAAUCAAUACUGACACGACUGGGAUUGCUGGCUGAUGUACAAAGAAGGGCUGAGCAGGAGGAGGAGAGGGUAUUAUCAGCACGGAAUUCUACUUCUAGAAAUUCUGGGAUUGAUUUUGAUGGGCCAUCUGAUUCUCCAGUUCCAUCACCAGCAGAUAACCGACAUGUUCGUAAGAUCGGUGGUUCGAGGACGAGCAGCCAACCUCCUAGAAGCAACACAGAUAAGCUGGAUGGGACAGCAUCUGAAGCCAGUGAACGUGCAAGUAAGCCCAAGAUCAUGUACUCUUUAAAAGAGGAGGUUGCAUUCAAGAGGAAGCUCCCUGGUGGCAAGCCAGAAGACCAGGACUGGAUUCAAGGCGAAGUCGUACGAGUCAUUGGGGAGGGAAAAAGUCGAAGAUACGAUGUGAAGGACAUUGACCCUGAUGCGGUUGAAGGGAACAACAUCUACAAGUCCUCCGCAUCUCAGAUGGUACCUAUACCACCAGAGGGUACACCUUUAGGAGAUUAUGAGCCUGGUAAGCAGGUGCUGGCUCUGUAUCCCGCAGCAACGACUUUUUACCGUGCUCAAGUUAAGUCUAUGGUUGAUGGAGGCACAAGAGUUCUUGUACUGUUCGAGGAAGAAGAUGUUGAGAAGUCAAUCGCUCGGCGUUUUGUCCUAGACCAUAGGGGGUGAAAUUACAGAAUAUUCGACUGCAUUAGCGAGUACCCUCACAAAAUUGAAUUCUGUCAUGAUGGGCCUUUUGCUGUCCUAUCCUUGGCUACUGAUUAAUAGAUUCUGCACAAAUUCCCACACCACGUAAGUGGACAAUCAGUAUCUUUGAUAAGCCGUAUGCAGAUACAAUGACGGUGUUGAUGAUAAUUCUGCGUCGGGGAAUCUCGGG